AGUGUGAGCGCGGCGCGGGGCAGAGCAGCACAGCACAGCACAUCACAGGGUGGUGGGAGCAGCGUGGGGCCGUGGGAGCAGCGUGGGGCAGAGGGUGCCCACGGCCUCCCCGUGCCUGGGAUUUUCGCUGGGUUUCUGCGGGCAGAAGACCCCCCCAGGAGCUGGAGGAACAUGGACCCAGCCUCCGAGCGGCUGAACGGUGAAGAACCCGGCACGAGACACAAAGCCUCGGGGGCACAGCACUCCUGGAAGCGCAUCGGCAUCCCCAUCCUGGUGACCGUGCUCGUCCUCGCCUGCCUGGCUGCGGUUGGGCUCUUGGUCAAGGUUUAUCUGGAGCACCACUACUUCAUCUGCAAGCAGCCCCUGAAGCUGGUGCCGCUGGCACAGGUUUGCAACGGGGAGGCGGACUGCCUGCACGGCGAGGAUGAGACCAGCUGUCCCCAGCAGGUCCCUGAGGGGCCACAGGCUGCCGCUCGCCUUUCCAAGGACAGAUCCAUCCUGCAGGUGCUGAACAGGAACACUGGAGCCUGGUCCUGCGUCUGUUCCGACUACUUCAGCCCAGCGCUGGCGAAAGCAGCCUGUGAGGAAAUGGGCUACAGCAGCACCCCAACUUUCCACGCAGUGGAUGCAGGUGCAGGACAGCCCCUGCCUCCCCGUGAGCUGGUGCUGAGCAACGGCCGCCUGCAGCUGCCAGAGCCAGGCAGGAAGUGCCUCUCUGGAUCGGUUGUUUCCCUCCUUUGUUCCAGCUGCGGGGAGAGCGUGCGGACGCCGCGUGUGCUGGGCGGGCGGCCGGCGGCCAUCGAGGCCUGGCCAUGGCAGGUCAGCCUGCGUUACCGCGGGGAGCACAUCUGCGGCGGCAGCAUCAUCGAUCCCCUCUGGAUCCUCACCGCCGCGCACUGCUUCAGGAACAACCCCAUCAUCCCCAGCUGGCGCGUGAAGGCCGGCUCCGAUGUCCUCUCUGGCCCUGCCAACCUUGCCGUGGAGAAGGUCUUCCUGGCCGAGGGGACGCCCACGUCUCCCAACAACAAUGACAUAGCGCUGGUGAAGCUGCAGAUCCCUCUGCAUAUCUCAGACAGCACCAAGCCCAUCUGCCUGCCCUACUUCGACGAGGAGCUGGAGCCGGACACCCCGCUGUGGGUGAUAGGUUGGGGCUACACGCAGCAGAACGGCAAACUGUCAGAGGCCCUGCAGCAGGCGGAAGUGAGGCUGAUCAGCAUGCAGAGCUGCAACCUGCAGGCGUACCAUGGCAAGGUGACACAGAAGAUGCUGUGCGCCGGGCUGCUCGAGGGCGGGGUGGACACCUGCCAGGGGGACAGCGGAGGGCCUCUGCUGUAUGCAAACAGGCACUGGCAGGUGGUGGGCAUCGUCAGCUGGGGCUUCGGCUGCGGCACCCCCAGCACACCCGGUGUCUACACCAGCGUCCGAGCGUACCUCGACUGGAUCUACGCCGUCCGCAGGUCGGAGCUCUGAGACCUGCCAGGACAUCGGUGCUGUGCCAGCGGCCGGACGAGGAGGCAAAGGGCGGCUCAGGCAGCGGCCACAGCCUCGGAAUGCACCCAGCUGGAGCUCCCUUCCAGAGAGAGAUUAAUUUAUUGCCCUGUGCUGAUCCUGCUGUGUCAGGGUCUACGCUGCUCUUUGCUCAUUACUGUUUUACAGAGAUAAAUGAUGUUUGUGCUUUAGUGUAUCGCCUUUAAAAUAAAGUAUUUGUGUGUUUGGUUGGUUUUUUUUC